UUUCUGGCCGCGCCGCCCGCUGGCUCCGAGCAGGUCGCCGCUGGCUGGCAGUCGCCACCCGGUCCCAGAGUAAAUAAGGGAGAGACACUCCCGAGCGCCGUAAAUAGAGUCCAAGUGGGCGGAGAGCCGUCCCGCGCCGCCCGCUCAUGUCUCUGCAGAGCCGACUGUCCGGCCGCCUGGCACAGCUGCGCGCGGCGGGGCAGCUGCUGGUCCCCCCGCGCCCCCGGCCCGGCCACUUGGCGGGUGCCACGAGGACCCGCAGCAGCACGUGCGGUCCCCCGGCGUUCCUGGGCGUGUUCGGCCGCCGCGCGCGGACCUCGGCGGGAGUUGGGGUGUGGGGGGCGGCGGCGGUGGGGCGGACAGCCGGGGUGCGCACUUGGGCCCCCCUGGCCAUGGCGGCGAAGGUGGACCUGAGCACCUCCACCGACUGGAAGGAGGCGAAAUCCUUUCUGAAGGGCCUGAGUGACAAGCAGCGGGAGGAACAUUACUUCUGCAAGGACUUUGUCAGGCUGAAGAAGAUCCCGACAUGGAAGGAGAUGGCAAAAGGGGUGGCUGUAAAGGUGGAGGAGCCCAGGUAUAAAAAGGACAAGCAGCUCAACGAGAAGAUCUCCCUGCUCCGCAGCGACAUCACCAAGCUGGAGGUGGACGCCAUCGUCAAUGCUGCCAACAGCUCCCUGCUUGGAGGCGGUGGUGUGGACGGCUGCAUUCACCGGGCCGCCGGCCCCCUGCUUACCGACGAGUGCCGGACCCUGCAGAGCUGUGAGACUGGCAAGGCCAAGAUCACCGGCGGCUAUCGGCUCCCGGCCAAGUACGUCAUCCACACAGUGGGGCCCAUCGCCUACGGGGAGCCCAGCGCCAGCCAGGCUGCCGAGCUCCGCAGCUGCUACCUGAGCAGUCUGGACCUGCUGCUGGAGCACCGGCUCCGCUCGGUGGCGUUCCCCUGCAUCUCCACUGGCGUGUUUGGAUACCCCUGUGAGGCGGCGGCCGAGAUCGUGCUGGCCACGCUGCGAGAGUGGCUGGAGCAGCACAAGGACAAGGUGGACCGGCUGAUCAUCUGCGUGUUCCUCGAGAAGGACGAGGACAUCUACCGGAGCCGGCUCCCCCACUACUUCCCCGUGGCCUGAGGCUCCCGCAGCCCACCCUGACCGGGACUGACCCGCCUUCGGGACCCCGCUCCCAGCUCUGAGAGGUCGCCAAAGCCUGCAGCCUGGCCUGGGCCUGGCCACCCCUUCUUUCCCUCCGCGCCCCAUCCCUGAGGAGCCUAAUAAAGAUCACGUUGUGGCA